AAACAACGGUUGCAACGAUGCGGCGCAAAACUCGGUGUGUUAUUAUUGUUGCCAGGGUGAUCUAUGUAACUUGAGUGAGGAUGCGAAAAAUACAGGCGUGACUACGCCUACAACAACUACAACAACAACAACAGCUUUAACAACAACAACAACAACAACAACAACAACAACAACAACACUUGCAACAAGCACAAUACAUGCGACUCAAAACCGAUGUGCCCCUCUCGCCACACCCCGCUACUCAUUUCUCGAAUGUUCGAACGGCAACAAUGAGUUGAGUAAAUGCAAAGCCAUUUGUGAAUCGGAUUAUGCUCUUUCCGCGUCCUCGUCCACAUCGAGAAGAUGUCGGUGCAAUUCCCUUGGAGUUUGCGGAUGGACAGGAAGUGUAUCUGUGUGCGAAUACCAAUUCCCAGAUUUCGUUGCGUGUGAUAUACCAGACCUGAUGAGCGCAUCGUUCGCAGUUUUGGACAUCUGGCCACAAAGUGCAAUUACUCGUGUUAAUAUUAAGCCUGCUAACCGAGGAGCAUCCGGUUGGUCGGUGGCUAUCAUGUUUGCCAAACCUUUACCAGCUGGUGCUGUAAUCCAGUCCGGACAUACAAACCAAGCAGCCGUCAGCUCCGAUCGUCGUAUUUUCACAUUGACGAGUAAAAGUCAUAAUCAAGAUAUCUCAAGAUUGGGCGUCUACUCAUUCUACAUGCAUAUUUCUAACUUGCCAGCAAACACCGAUGCAUCUCAAUAUAUAGCCACUGCCGUUUUCUACGACAGAGUGAUCACCGAUGCUUCAUGCAUUCAAAACAUCAGUCCAGUGAGACCUUUCCCUACCACGACAACCGCUUCUACAACUACAACCACAACCACAGCGCCACCCACCACCCAACCACCCAGCACUACCGCUCCUCCACCAACAACGACUACUACAACACAAAGCACAACAACUACUACAAGACGAACGACAACAACACAAGCACCCACAACUACAACAACUACAACACCUGCCCCAACUGCCCCACCAAGCGGAAACUGUGAAUCAUUAGACGGCGGUGACAAACCAGGUUACGUUCCACUCAACACAAAUGGCUGGACAGAACAAGGCUUGUUUAAAUACACAGCUCGUGCUGAGAAAUAUGGUUUGAGACGUGGACAAAACGCUGACUGGAUUUUCAAACUUGAUUUUAGUUCUCCUCUGGAAUCCCUUGUGAGUUACGUCGCAAAUGUGGAAGGUCCUUUCGCCAACGGUCAUGUCUGGUUGCUGAAACCUAAAAGUUACAAUCGUGACAUUGACGGUCAGCUUCAGAUUCUCAUGAUCCCACAAAUGACUGUUGGCAGCACAGCGCCCAGUCAAGUAAAAGUGAACUUCUGUCACUCUGGCUCCCAACCCAGUCUCACAUCCCAGUUCAACGGCGUUACCCCAACCACCACCACAGCAGCAACAACAACAACAACAACAACAACCGCUGCUCCAGCCACUGCCCCACCAUCUGGCUCUACAACCACACGAGCACCAGUUUCAGCAGCCCGAUGCGCCAACAACGCUGUCAACGCAGUUUUCCCUCCAAGAUCUAGUGCAACAAACGCCAACAACUUUAUCAGAUCACCCUAUUUCCCUGGUACCACCACCUACGAUUUCAACGAGGUUCUCCAUAAAUCCAUCCUCUUCUACGAGGCUCAGCGGUCGGGUCCUCUUCCACAGAACAACAGAAUUCCAUGGAGAGGCGAUUCAGGACUUAAAGACGGUUGCGACCAGUCAAUAGAUCUUACUGGUGGUUGGUACGACGCUGGAGACAACAUUAAGUUUGGUUUCCCGAUGGCUUACUCGGCAACUGUUCUUGCUUGGGGUCUGAUCGAGUUCAGAGACGCAUACGUUGAGUCAAGAGAAUUAAACAACGCACGAAAAUCACUUGAAUGGGCUACCGACUACUUUGUCAAAGCGCAUCCUUCACCAAAUGAGCUUUAUGUACAGGUUGGAGACCCUGCCGCCGACCACGCGAAAUGGGAACGACCCGAAGAUGCAAUCAACACUGUACGAAGAUCAUACAAGAUCGACACACAGAACCCCGGAACAGAAGUUGCAGCUGAAACCGCAGCCGCUCUUGCUGCAGCCUCAAUCGUAUUCCGUCAAAGCAAGCCAAACUAUGCAAAUACUUUGGUCGCUCACGCCCGACAGCUUUUUGAAUUUGCUAACUCACACAGACGUAACUACCAUCUCUCAGUACCCGGUGUUGCAAGCUACUACAAGUCAUGGAACGGAUACAACGAUGAGCUUUUGUGGGCUGCUGUUUGGUUACACAAAGCUACAAACGAAGCUAGCUACCUUAACUUUGUUACUACUAACUACAACAACUUCGGAGCCGGAAACGUUGCUCCUGAAUUUUCAUGGGACAACAAAUACGCUGGAGUUCAGGUCCUCAUGGCUCAGAUUACAGGUAACAACAAUUACAAGAGCGAUGUUGAUCGUUUCCUGCAAAACGCAAUGAACAACAUUGGAAAGACACCCGACGGUCUUACAUGGAAAUCCCAAUGGGGGCCCAACCGUUACGCAGCCAAUUUCGCUUUCAUUGCCACUGUUGCUGGCCGUGUGGAUUCUACGAAGCGAUCUCAAUACGUUACAUACGCGAAGAACCAGAUCUACUACAUGCUUGGUUCAAACACCAACGGGCAGAAAUACGUCAUUGGAAUGGGUGCCAAUUCACCUCAGAAACCUCAUCACAGAGCCAGUUCUUGCCCUGCAUGGACAGCUGUACCAGUACAAACAUGUGACUUCAACGCUUUGAAUAUGCAAGGCGCCAAUCCACAUGUUUUGUAUGGAGCUCUUGUCGGUGGACCAGCAAGGAACGGGGCAUACACUGACGAUAGAAGCGAUUAUAUCAGCAAUGAAGUUGCUACCGAUUACAACGCUGGUUUCCAAUCCGCAGUUGCUGGUCUUCUCCACUACGCCAAGGCUGGUCAAUUGUAAGAAGCGAACGUUCGUCACAAAUUCGUUAACAAGUUUAUGCAGAUUUUAAGCGAGAUUCCAAUUUAAUAAAACAAAUGCAAAUAAAA